AUGAGAACACUCAAUACAAAAGAUUAUAAUGCACUGAGCUUGGCUCAGCCCACCAACUUCAAUUCGAUGCUCAAGUCUGGAACAAUACUAUGGGGCACUGGCUGUCGAAUUCCUCACGAAGAGGCGGCUCGAAUCGUUGCCUCGACGCCAUAUCAUUUUUGCUUCCUUGAUGCGGAACAUACGCCGCUAAAUAUUACUCUGCUUGUGAGCAUGAUUCGAACGAUACAGUAUCAUUCACACGGCACCAUGGUCCCGGUUGUGCGGAUCCCAGGAUGUUCACCAGAACUAGUCCCACAUGCUUUGAACGCAGGCGCAGGAGGAGUGAUCAUGCCUCACGUACAAAAUGCCAAGCAGGCUGAGGACUUGGUUCGACUGUCAAGAUUUCCGCCAACGGGAGAUCGAAGCUAUCCUCCUGCUGCCUUGAUCAACGAACAUCAACAUAAAACACCAGAAGGUCAAACGACGUAUGAUGUCUGGAAUAACCAUGCCGCUGUGAUCUGUCAGAUUGAGGACCUGGAAGGUUUGGAGAAUAUUGAGGAAAUCUGCAGGGUUCCCGGCGUUGAUGGACUAUUUAUUGGCACAGGUGAUUUGCGACUAUGUAUGGGAAUGGCUACAGGGAGUCUUGAUGGCGAUGAGCCUGCUUUCGUGUCGGCCCUUGAGAAGAUACGAGACGCGGCCAAGGCCAACGGCCUGCCCAUGAUGGGAUUCGGCAUAUCUCACUCUACAAUGAAGAGCAGGAUAGAUAUGGGAUGGAAUGCGUUUAUUAUUCAUGGGGACAUUACGGCGAUAUGUCAGUCUGCGAUUCAGACGCUGGAUUCAUACAGUAGCGUCGCUCGUCGCAUAGUUUCCAAUGGCCAUAAGAAUGGUGAAAAUGGGAAUGGAGAAUAUCGAAAUGGUACGAAGAGGGAGUGGAAGGAUGACUAG